AUGUCGGUCCCACUGAACGCCGAAAUCAUCAGUGAAGCGCUGGAAGCGCUCAGGAGACAUCUGAAGGCUGUUGGCGUCGUUGGCUUCACAAUUCUGGUGUGGGAUCAUGUGAUCACGUUUGCAGACGAGGUCCAUCUUUGUUAUUUUACUGGACCAUUGGCUAACCCACCACAGGUGGAGAUCAUAUGGGGUCGUCCGAAGAAUCUCUUGACGUUCUUAUUCUUGCUCAAUCGGUACCUCACACCCAUUGGUUUCAUCGUGAACCUUGUUGCAUAUAGCCUGCCUUCUUGGUUGUUCAUAGUGCAUAGGUGCGAGCAUUUCGUUCGGUACGAGGGGGCUAUGACGGCAGUGGCGAUUCAAGUUGUGGGGCUAAUGAUGUUCCUGCGCGUUCGAGCUAUGUACCGCGAUAACAGAUAUGUUGUGAUCUUUGUGGCAACGUUGUUGUUUGUUUGGGUGGCAGUUAGUGCUUGGCUGUUGUCUCACGGCGUGGCUUGUCGUAUGGAGUUCUCUGAUUGUGUCGAAUGGAAUGCUGAAAGCAAACUCAGAGGGGGUCUUGCAGCUGCGUGGGCAUGGGUUCCUCUUUGCUAUGACACGGUCGUCUUUGCCUUGACUCUGAACCGAACAUUGCCCUCGAUGCACAACAAAGAGGCAGGGCAUAUCAUUCACACGCUAUUCAUAAAUGGAGUUUUAUUCUACAGUGUAAUGUGUGCCAUAAACCUUAUCUUUACCAUCAUGGUUGUGAGGGCUCCACAAGGCUUGAAGAACAUUACUGGACAACUUGAACUUAUAUUAACGGUCGCAAUGAUGUCACGCAUCACCCUCAGCUUAAAGAAAGAGGGUACACGUGGCUCUGUACCACUCGACACACAUCUUGGAAGCAAAUUUCCGCUCUGCUUCGAUUGCCAAAGGCGUGUCCAAGAUAUCAUAAAGCCACAACCACCAGCUUCUAGCUCCCAGACUCCUCCAAUAAGAACAGAAUUAGUUGAAACGCAAGGUCACUCAGGAGCUAUCGACGGUAAUGUAUCCUCUCAAAGACAACGAGACAGCGAAGUUCGCACCUGCUUCACCUGCCAUUCAGUGACUGUUGCAUUCGACCCUGCGGAUGAUGAACGCAGUCGGUACCGGGAGGCAGUGGUUUGA